AUGUCCGGAGACCAUAAGCAUACUAAUUUACCGGGAGAUCUAAAAUCUCGAUUAAAUCCAGCACCCGAUUUAUACAUUAUUCAUUUACAACAAAAAGUUCCACCACAUAUUCUUCUUGAACCACCAUUUAAAGAUGCUCAACUUUUUCCAUCAGUUGAAUCUGAUUUUCCUUACCCGCCAAAAACUUAUGAUAGUAAUAUAACUGUGUUUUCUCCAGUUUCUGUUGCUUAUGCAUUUUAUUCUUUCGAUCAGAAUGUUGUUGAUCUUUAUCGCAAUCAUGAUGGAAAAGUGAGAGGAGGCAUGAAGAAUUAUAUAGAUGAUUAUAUUGGUACUGGUCAAGCUAUCCUCGUGAAUGAUUCAUCAACGACUUGGAUAUCUAUUGGAAACUCGUUUAAUUUCAAUAAUACAAACUUUACUAUUGAAGCAUUCAUUUUUCUUCUUACUGAUUCGAUAAAUGCAAGUCUGGUUCAAUUUUCAUCUGGAAUGUCAUUUAAUAUCAAUAUAUCUGAGGAAAGCAUAACAUUAUUCGUCGAUGAUAAACUUUCUGGGCAAAUACCAUUUUUACCAAAGACGAUUUCCAAUAAUGAAAACGUAACACUGACAAUUGACUAUGGAUUUCAAGCCUUGCCAUUCUACUCUACUUCAUUUGAAAAUCCACGUGAUUCCGGAUUACUUGAGAUCAUCGGACAGCCAUGUUACACAUCGAAAUUACGAUACCGUUCCGAUUAUGUCAGUAAAACAAAGCGUCGUGGAGUUCUUCAUAGUACAAAUAAUCUAAAUUAUCAAUAUCCAACUAUUCGAAUUCCAAAGCAAUAUAUGAUUCCUACCGACGAACAUUAUAUUUGUAUUUCUCUUGUGACCGUUGAAAGCGAGACAACAAAAUAUCGUUAUAUACAUCCAUAUGAACUAGAAGAUGUUGAAAAUCAAGGUUAUCAUGAUAGAAGUCAUAAUAGUAUUUGGUAUUCCAUUCAAAUCGGAGAUAUUGAUGGAAUUAAAAGCUUUCCUAAUUUACGUAUUGUAAAGAAAAAAGCAGAUGAUCUGAAGAAUUAUGGUAACUUGCAAGUAUUCAAUUGUCUUAAUAACGAAUCCAGUUCACAAUUAUUAUCUAUAAAAGAUACAAUUAAAGAAUUUAAUCUUGAAAAAGCUCAAUUAGCAAUUAGUAUAGGAAAGAAAGCAACGAACACUAACGAUAACGAUACUAUAUGGAUUAUAUAUCAUCGUACAACAGUAUUCUCAGACGAACUUAUUCAACAAUUUGGUAAAGAAUCAUACGCAAAUUGUACACCUUCUGGCACGAGUUCUGUACGAUUCAAUUCACCAGAAGAGUCCGAUUGUCGUGUGCACAAAUAUGCACCGAAAUUUGGUUAUGCGGAUAGUAGUGAUGAAAUACUUAUCUUCUAUAAAAAUAGACUUCAGUUUAAAAAAUAUGGAGAGUUACAAGUUACAUUCGAAUUUGAGGGACUCAAUGAUAAAUGGACAGAACCUGCUCUUGAACUAGAAGUCAUAGAUCGAAUGGUAUCAUUUCGAGCGCCGAUUUUCCCAUUUCUCAUUAACUGUGCUACAACGAUCAAUAUUAUAUUGACACAAAAAACUAGACUUUUAGAAACAUUAAAAUUCGACUAUAUUCCAAGAGUUCCGUGUCAAAUUCCUUCGCCAUCACAAAUAUUAUCUUCAUCAUCAAAUUCUAUGUCAUCAAUGGAACACUGUUAUUUUGAUGAAAUCGAUGAUUUAAUUCGAUCAUCUCGUCAUUCAGCUACACCAGCAAUUACUAAUUCUUCGAAAGUUGAUUAUACUACUCGAAACACAACGGAUAAACCUCAGAAUAUCAGACUUGAUAAUACUCGAGAUCAAUUAAAAAUAUUUUCCGCACGUCUUGCACGUGUCGAACAAUCAGCAACACCGACGCCAGACCUGCUUCAACUUGCCAUAGCACACUCACAAAUUAAUAAUAAUCAAUCAGCAUCACACUCAACUCAACCAUUACCAUUAAUGUCAACACAGUCAUCGAAUAAUCAUCCAUUAAUUCUAGUACCACAUGUUUUACCCGAUCAAUUAACACGCACUCAUAGUCGAUCAUCAGUUUUCAUUCGAAUCUAA